AUGCUCCAAGAUACGGCGGCACUCGCUGCGGCCGCAGAGCUCAUCGCCUCGCUCGCCUGCGACCCUACCUCUACUUCCACGCCGAUAUCAGUAGGGCCCGGCUCCAGCAUCAAGCUACCGGGCCAGGAGAACCCCCAGAAACGGGCCCUGGAGAUUGAGCUGGAGAAGCUCGCCCUACGCAUUUCUCAGCUGGAGAGCAGAGCCUCCGUCUCGGCCACGGCCGUCUUCCCGGAGACGCCCAACGAAGUCAACGACACACUAUUCAACGAUGAGGUUGAAAACGGCGCCCCCCCUGUGGCCCCCCAGCCACGGUUGUCCCAGGCUCAACAAGGUAGCUUGGACAGUCCGAUUUUUGUAUCCCGCCAGCUGACCAAGGAAGCGCUGCAAGGACUGCGCGAUCAUGUUGACGACCAGUCCAAGCUCCUAGACAGUCAACGCCAGGAACUCGCUGGCGUCAACGCGCAGUUAUUAGAACAGAAACAGCUCCAGGAGCGUGCCCUCCAGAUGAUCGAGCUGGAGCGGGUAGCCACGCUCGAACGAGAGCUGUGGAAGCAUCAGAAAGCCAACGAGGCCUUCCAAAAGGCCCUCCGAGAGAUUGGUGAGAUUGUCACUGCCGUCGCUCGCGGUGACCUGACCAUGAAGGUCCGCAUGAACUCCGUCGAAAUGGACCCCGAAAUCACAACCUUUAAGCGCACCAUCAACGCCAUGAUGGACCAGCUGCAGACCUUUGCCAGCGAAGUGUCUCGUGUCGCUCGCGAGGUCGGAACAGAGGGUCUCCUGGGCGGCCAAGCCCGUAUUGGUGGUGUUGACGGUGUAUGGAAAGAGUUGACAGACAAUGUCAACGUAAUGGCACAAAAUCUCACGGAUCAAGUGCGAGAAAUCGCCUCCGUCACAACAGCUGUCGCUCACGGCGACUUGACAAAGAAGAUUGAACGACCAGCAAGAGGAGAGAUCUUGCAGUUGCAGCAAACCAUCAACACCAUGGUGGAUCAACUUCGAACAUUUGCAUCUGAAGUCACGCGCGUAGCAAGAGAUGUCGGAACCGAGGGUAUCUUAGGUGGUCAAGCUGAUGUUGGCGGGGUCAAGGGCAUGUGGAAUGAUCUGACUGUAAACGUCAAUGCCAUGGCGAACAACUUGACGACCCAGGUGCGAGAUAUUAUUAAGGUCACUACAGCUGUCGCCAAGGGAGACCUCACACAAAAAGUCCAAGCCGAAUGCAGAGGAGAAAUGUUCAAGCUCAAGUCUACCAUCAACUCCAUGGUUGAUCAGCUGCAGCAAUUCGCUCGCGAAGUUACAAAGAUUGCCAGAGAAGUCGGAACUGAAGGUCGUCUUGGUGGUCAGGCCACUGUUCAUGAUGUUGAAGGCACAUGGAGAGAUCUUACUGAAAACGUCAACGGCAUGGCCAUGAAUCUGACGACACAAGUGCGAGAGAUUGCCAAGGUUACCACGGCUGUCGCCAGGGGUGAUCUUACCAAGAAGAUUGGAGUCGAAGUCAAGGGAGAAAUUUUGGAACUCAAGAACACCAUCAACCAGAUGGUUGACCGCCUGGGCACAUUUGCCGUUGAAGUGAGCAAAGUGGCCCGAGAAGUCGGUACAGAUGGUACGCUUGGUGGCCAGGCCCAAGUGGCCAAUGUUGAGGGCAAGUGGAAGGAUCUAACUGAAAAUGUCAACACAAUGGCGUCGAAUCUCACUGUCCAGGUGCGAAGUAUCUCUGCUGUCACACAGGCCAUUGCCAACGGAGACAUGAGUCAAACAAUCGAUGUAGAGGCAAAUGGUGAGAUACAGGUGCUGAAAGAGACCAUCAACAACAUGGUGUCCCGCUUGUCAAGCUUCUGUUAUGAAGUGCAACGAGUUGCCAAAGAUGUCGGUGUCGAUGGCAAGAUGGGAGCUCAAGCCGAUGUAGCUGGGCUAAAUGGACGAUGGAAAGAAAUCACUACUGAUGUCAACACCAUGGCUAGCAACUUGACUACUCAAGUGCGUGCCUUCUCUGAUAUCACAAACUUGGCUACGGACGGCGACUUCACCAAGCUUGUCGACGUGGAGGCCUCUGGCGAAAUGGACGAGCUCAAGAAGAAGAUUAACCAGAUGAUAUCAAAUCUGAGAGACAGUAUCCAGAGGAACACGCAGGCUCGAGAAGCUGCCGAAUUAGCCAACAAGACCAAGUCAGAAUUCCUCGCAAACAUGUCCCACGAGAUUCGAACUCCGAUGAACGGUAUUAUUGGAAUGACGCAGCUCACUCUGGACACCGACUUGACCCAAUACCAGCGAGAAAUGCUAAACAUUGUCAAUGAUCUCGCCAACAGCCUGUUGACCAUCAUUGACGAUAUCCUGGAUCUGUCGAAGAUUGAAGCUAGGAGAAUGGUUAUUGAAGAAAUUCCGUAUACGCUGCGAGGCACAGUCUUUAAUGCACUAAAGACUCUCGCAGUCAAGGCGAACGAGAAGUUCCUUGAUCUUACCUAUAAGGUAGACAGCUCCGUGCCUGACUACGUCAUCGGAGAUUCUUUCCGUCUGAGGCAGAUCAUCCUCAACCUCGUGGGCAAUGCCAUCAAGUUCACCGAGCACGGCGAGGUCAGCUUAACUAUUCAAGAACAGGAGGAUAAGAGGCACGUGGGUCCUGGAGAGUAUGCCAUUGAAUUCAUCGUGGAGGACACGGGAAUUGGCAUUGCUAAGGACAAGCUCAACCUCAUCUUCGACACUUUCCAGCAGGCCGAUGGUUCAAUGACACGCAAGUUUGGUGGAACGGGUCUCGGCUUGUCCAUCUCGAAGCGAUUCGUCAACCUCAUGGGCGGAGACCUUUGGGUUAACAGCGAGGUUGGCAAGGGCAGCGAAUUCCACUUUACUUGUCGCGUGAAGCUUGCCGAUGUGCACGCAGAAAGCGUUCAGCAGCAACUGAAGCCUUACCGCGGCCACCAGGUCCUCUUUGUCGACAAGUCGCAGUCAAACGCGGCCACACACAUUGGAGAAAUGCUGGAAGAGAUCGGGCUGCACCCCGUUGUCGUUAAUUCCGAAAAGAGCUCGGCUCUUACUCGCCUUAAGGAGGGCGGCGCUUUGCCAUAUGACGCCAUCAUCGUUGACUCAAUUGAUACUGCUAGGAGAUUGAGAGCGGUAGAUGACUUUAAGUACCUCCCUAUUGUCCUGUUAGCCCCCGUGGUUCACGUUAGCUUGAAGUCCUGUCUGGACCUGGGUAUCACGUCUUACAUGACAAUGCCUUGCAAGCUGAUUGACCUGAGCAACGGCAUGAUCCCCGCCCUGGAGAACAGAGCCACACCAUCUCUCGCGGACGUUACCAAGUCGUUUGAGAUCCUCCUCGCUGAGGACAACACGGUCAACCAGAAACUGGCCGUGAAGAUUCUUGAAAAAUACCACCAUGUUGUCACCGUUGUGGGCAACGGCUGGGAGGCUGUUGAAGCCGUGAAGCAGAAGAAGUUUGAUGUGAUUCUAAUGGAUGUUCAGAUGCCCAUCAUGGGAGGAUUUGAGGCCACCGGCAAGAUCCGUGAAUACGAGCGUGGCAUGGGAACACACAGAACUCCCAUCAUUGCUCUUACAGCCCACGCUAUGAUGGGUGAUCGCGAAAAGUGUAUCCAAGCCCAGAUGGACGAGUACCUGUCCAAGCCCUUGCAGCAGAACCAGCUCAUCCAAACUAUUCUCAAGUGCGCCACCCUUGGAGGUGCGCUGCUAGAGAAGAACCGUGAGCGAGAAUUGGCGCUGCAAGCGGAAGCCAAGGCAUCCGGACGCCUGGAAGGCGAAAGGGGCAUGUUGCGCCCAAGCCUCGAGGGCAGAUCGUUUACCACCAGGGAGCCCAUGACCAAGAACAGGCCAUCGCUCACCAAAGCGUCCAGCAAAGCACUGGAAGAGGCGCGAAACGCGGCAGCAGCCAAUGCUGGCCUAAGAUUCAACGAUCUAUCUGAGUAUGGUACCGAUUUGAUAGAGGAGCUGGAUGACCUAGAGGAAGAGGAUACGUUUUCAAAAGCACGCGAGGAACUUGCUGAUAGACGAAGCCUCUCGAGCUAA